CCUCCCCACACUUCCACUCUCUCUCUCUCUCUCUCUCUCUCUCUCUCUCUCUCUCUCUUUCUCUUUUCUUUUGGAAAAAAAUUCAACUUUGGUCUAAAUAGAAUGCCUCAGUGCUCAAACUUUAUGCAAUCUCCACCCCCCCCCCCCCCUCUGUUUUUUUGCCUCUGCCUUGAAAAUUUCUCCCUCCUUGACUAUUAAACGUGACAUUCAUGUAUUGUUUUCCUCCAAUUCAUGAUAUUCAUCUCUUCCAAUUACUCCAUCACAGUUUUUCAGAGGGAACUCCCACUAUGUGCAGCAGCAGUUAAUGCAGUCUGUGAACUAAUUCAUGACUCCUGCAUGCAUGCUUCAUUUUUAUUGCCUCUCUGCUGUUCCUUUCAGACAGCUAUGUCUACUGAAAAUUUAUUAAAUAUCAGUUAAUGGGGUUUAUAGUGGCAUGGCAGGUACUUAAAGGGCAAAGGCGAGUGCCUAUUUGGGUACAUACCUUUUCUUCUACUUAGGCUUCCGCUAGUUGUUUCUAAGGUUUCUGAAGAUGGCCGUGGAGAUGAGUAAGAAUGAUGAAACAAAGUCUAAAAUGGAAGAGUAUGAAGUAUUGGAGCAUAUUGGCAGAGGAUCUUUUGGAGCUGCAUUUCUUGUUCUUCAUAAAAUGGACAAAAAAAAGUAUGUACUGAAGAAGAUUCGUUUGGCCAAACAAACAGAAAAGUUCAAGCGCACAGCCCAUCAAGAGAUGAGUUUGAUAGCAAAGCUGAAUAACCCAUACAUUGUGCAGUACAAAGAUGCAUGGGUGGAAAAGGGUUGCUUUGUGUGCAUUGUGACAAGUUUCUGUGAAGGAGGAGAUAUGGCUGAAAUGAUCAAGAGGGCAAGAGGAAAGUUUGUCCCAGAGGAGAAGCUAUGCAAAUGGCUGACCCAGCUGUUGCUAGCUGUGGACUACCUUCACUCCAACCGUGUCCUACACAGGGAUCUUAAGUGUUGCAACAUAUUCCUUACGAAAAAUGAUGACAUUCGGCUAGGUGACUUUGGACUGGCAAAACUGCUCAACACACAUGAACUUGCUUCAUCAGUUGUGGGCACUCCUAACUACAUGUGUCCAGAGCUCCUUGCAGAUAUACCGUAUGGCUACAAAUCAGAUAUAUGGUCCCUAGGUUGCUGCAUGUUUGAGAUAGCUGCACAUCAGCCUGCAUUCAGGGCUCCUGACAUGGCUGGACUCAUAAACAAAAUAAACCGAUCUUCUAUUUCUCCACUUCCAACUAUUUAUUCCUCUGAACUGAAACGUAUAAUCAAGAGCAUGCUAAGAAAGAACCCAGAACACAGACCAACUGCUGCAGAGCUGUUGAGGAAUCCUCAUUUACAGCCAUACCUCGUUCAUUGCCACAACUUAUCUCCAGUCUUUCUGCCUGUGAAGUCUGAAAAAACAUUGGAAUACAUGCUCAUGGGAACUCAAUUGCCCAACAAGAAUAGUCUUGGCCGAGAAACUAAUGGUGGAAAACCAGUCUUAGCAAAACAUUUGGGACAUGUUCAGGUAAUCAAGGUAAAUACUGAUUCAGUGACACAAAAUUUACAUGAGAGACCUGCUUUCUUCAUACCCCGGAAAGUUAAAGUAGAAACAAAAUGGGUUGAUCCUUUUAGCUGUUCUGACCGACUACCUAACAAUGAGCAUAGCUCAAAAAACAACUCCAGUGAUGCAGAACAAGUUGGUAGUACCACGAUUGGAACCAUCUCAGAUGGAAGACAGACAGGUCAUAGAUUGGAGAAUUGCCAGCAAGUACAAGAGAAACUGCAGAUAAUAGGCAGAGCAAUCGGAGAGGAUAAGAGUACUAACAGAGGGAAUCACUUUAGAAUGUGUUUUGGAGACAUUAAAUGUAGUGGUGUUCUUUCCAGAGAUGAAAUGCCAUCAGAAGCCAAGAAAAACAUGGAUCAAGAACAGGACCGCAGAUGCUGUCUACGCAUAAUGGAAAACCAAAAUGCACGUGCAGUAAAUGCUUCUGCAGAAAAUAUGUCAUCAACAAGUACAUUGACGCUAUGCGAUAAUGAAACCAUAGCAAAAUUAGAUACUCUUAUCCCUUACGAGAAAACAGGCAAGAAAGAUUUUCAAAAACUGAACCGGACGUGCAGUGACAUUUCAUCAAUGAGCACAAUAAGUUUGCUGCAUGGAGACAAUGCAAAGAUUGAAUGGGAUCCUCUUUGCCUGGAAAGAGCAGAAGCUCUAGAGUCACUACUUGAGCUUUGUGCACAUUUGCUUAGGCAGGAAAAGCUUGAGGAGCUUGCAGGGAUUUUAAGACCGUUUGGGGAAGAAGCAGUGUCAUCUAGAGAAACAGCAAUUUGGUUGACAAAAAGCCUAAUGAAUAUUCAGAAAAAUGGUGGAACCUAGCAGUGUAAAAAGUUUGAACAGUUUCCCAGAUUUGAUGAUAUAUGCUAUUCUGCUGAAUUCCUGGUUGUUUUGAGUGUUGUAAGAAUUUUUUUGUAAAUUGAGUGUUGACAAAUGACAAUGAGAAGAAAUUUUUUAAAAGGGCUCAAAGAA